AGCAGCUCUCAUUGAUUAGAGUGGGAGCGUUUCCUUACGGCUCGACUUAAGGCGAGUGGUGUUACAACAACUCCUUAAACAACCAGAGAGAGGGCUUGGAAGCCCAGAGGGGAUAUUACACUGCUUACUGUGUUUACUUAAAAUUUCAGAAUCAAAGUGCAAGAGGUUUUAAUGAUGACCUAGAAGUUUAUUAGAAGUUUGUGAUUGAAGUGAUUGGAGCCUAUCUGCUCUGUUUCCAACAGCAAAGCAGAGACCAUGGCUGGCAUCUACCCACAGCUAGAAAACCUUGUCCGUGGCUGCUACGUGGAGUUAGUAAACUCCUGUGAUACCGUCACCCUCACUAACCCACAGUUGUACAUCGAAAGAGGGCGUUGCAGUGUCCCCCUGGCCCUCAACCUGGGACCGAAAUCCAGCAAAAUGGCUACAUUCGUCAAGACCAGCGGCACGGCCACCGGUGCGGUGGGCGUCCUUACCUACGACCUGGUGAAAGCCGAAGCGCAGAGCAACGCCCGUAAUAUUCAACUCAAGCUGGCCGUCAUGUACUCUGUGCCCUUUAACCGUAACAGUUAUACAAACUGGUUUGCCAUUGGCCUCAUGAAUAGCCAAACUAACUGCUGCAAAGAGCUCUACUCCCGUAUGUACUACAAUGAAGUAGUACAUUAUGGUGAUUUUGUCCGUGCCAAAGGGGGUGGCAGCAGCCUACAAAAAGAGAGAGACCAUGUUGUGGUCCAAGCCAGCAUGUCCAACACCGGCACGGCCAUGCUGAGGGUUGAAGUCACUGAAAAAUAGAGCAGGGCGGUUAAUCAAUUUUUAUUCAUAAUUCGAAUUGAUGGUCUAGGACGAUCUUUUUAAAUAAAAAUCUAUAAAAAAAUAAAUAAAGAUAAAAUUUAACUUUUUUAUUUUUUAUCAAGUGCAGUGAUUUUAAUCUGGUAUUUACAGUAGCACCACCACUUCCUUCUCUGAGGUCCCGUGGUCCAUAGUAACGCCCCCUCCUCUUUAGAAAAAGUAAAAUAUCAACAUGGCAGAAUGCGCUGAUAAAAGUGAGUAUGUAGAGAUUGCCUAAAGUCUGUGGCAACCAAACUGAAGCAUGCAGCAGAGUAGGAGAUGUGUGUUAUUUAUUUUGCUUUUGUUAAUCAUUGUUAUUCUUCAAAUACAAUCCAAACUUAUAAAACGGGUUUAGUUGGAAAAAAUCUGAGAUACAUUUUUUAGGCCAAAUCGCCCAGCCCUAGUGACAACAAAGAGAAGAAGGAUGGCCCUGUGUGAAUACCCCCUGUAGACUAAACUAUAUCAAUCAGAUGGUCGUCAUUCAUUAAAGCCUUGACCAUGAUAAUUAAGUGUUGUGUCAUUCAUUACACGUAUCUAAUGCCUCGUUUCCACCGAGCAGUGCGGUACGGUUCGGUGCGGUUAGAUUAUAUUGGCGCUUUCUCCUCUAAAACUUGGGCAGGGUCCCAAAAAUAAGCAGGCUGAGCCAUGCUGAGCUGCGCUGAACCACGCUGAGCCUCCUAUUUUCGGUACUCCUCCAUUGGGGUACCAAGUAGGGAUGGGGAUCGAAACCCGGUUCUGUCAAGGCACUUUUUUCAAAACCCGAAAAUCAUUAACGUUUGGGCUUAUCGAUACCACUAUCGAGUCCCUGCGUUCAUUUAUAAAAAGAUUAGUCCCCUAGGUCCUGUAACGUAAUGUUCUGUCCCCCGAGUCGCGUCACGGCAUUUAAAUCAAAUCAAUGCAAUCACUGCAGCGUGUCCACCAAUGUUUUUGAAUGGAAUUGUAAGCAAACAGGUAUUACAAGU